UCAGUGAGAGUUUGCGAUCCCGCGGGUACGGUCGAAACUGACGGGAUUUUUGAUUUGCUUCGCCGUUACGUGUUUCCGUUUCGCGAUUCGCGUUCUGUGCGAUACGUUGUUUAAAACACACACACAACAACCACCACAAAAUAAAAUAAAAAAUAGAUAAAUAGAAAUAUUAUUAUGAAAAUAUGUAGUGUGUUUUCGUUUAAUUUUAUGAAAUGUGAAAAGCAACAUGAGAAUGUGGCUAUCGAAAUUGCGCAUACGCCGCGUUGAUUACAUUUGAGCCAGAAAAACCCCCCUCAAAAAAAAGGAAGCGAAAUUCCCAAAACGCGUUCAAUGAAAACGAAAACUGAAUACGCGCUGCGCUGCGUUUUUUGGGUGUGAUUAUUGUCGCGUGUGUGUCGCGUAAUCUCAGCACGUUACUAGCUGGCAAAUCAGCCUCUGCGAAAAUCUGUAAACGGACACAACUGAAAAUGCCAAAUUAAAUCAAAUUAAUAUAUGCACAAAUAAGCCACGUUAACAACAACGACAACAACAACAAUAGCAACAAAUGCUUCGAGUGCUGUGCGUGUGUAUAAAACUGUAGAGCAGCCCCGAAAGUAGGCAACUGCCAAACACACUCAGCCACCCACACACACACAUACACACAUCUACACCCACACACACAUAUUCUCAUACAUUCGGCCUCUCGUCAUUGGCAUUCUCGAACUGCUGAAGCUGCCAGCACUUCAGACACAAGCCGCACUCUCUUGCAUCGAAACACACACACACAAACACGCGCACCCAUACACACAUACACAUCAACACACACAGAAUCAAAGAGCGAGGCAAUCAACAUGCGCCUGUCUGUCAGCUGCCUGUUGUCUCUGUUGCUGUGCCUCCUCCUGUCCACAUUCAAUGGCCAUGCGGCGGCAGCAACACGUGCUCGUGUCAGCUCCUCGACGACAAUGACGCGCAACAUUGAGGAGGAGAAUGCUUUAUUAAAUCUAUUGGCCGGUCCGCCCGUACUCUCGGAAUCCAUAAUUGGCACCCUAGGACGACUGCCCUGCAAUGUGACGCCGCCCAUCUAUGAGGAUCGUGUUGCUUUGGUCAUCUGGUACAAGGUUGGACUGAAAACUCCCAUCUAUAGCGUCGAUACACGCGACUCGAACUUUGCACAGGGGACCCACUGGUCGGAUGAAACGUAUCGGGAGCGGCUGUCCUUUUACGUGGAAGGACGUGCUGGCACGCUUACCAUCAAGUCAACAUCUGAGGACGACACCGGCGAGUAUCGUUGUCGUGUCGACUUUCAAAAGAGCCCAACACGCAACUCCAAAGUGAAUUUAACUGUCAUAACUCCGCCCGAGUCAAUCAUCAUACUGGACAGCAAGGGUGCCACCAUCAUGGAUCACACUCUGGGCCCCUACAAUGAGGGCUCCAGCGUGAACGUCACGUGCGUGGCCAUUGGCGGUCGCCCCCAACCGAGGGUUACCUGGUGGCACGGCAAUACAAUGUUCAACAGCUCCGGCAUGGGCAAUCCGCUCUCGGAGCGACGUGUGGGCAAUGUGCUAUCGUUGGCCAAGCUCAAGCGCAAGAAUCUUCACAUGCAGCUGACGUGCCGAGCGGAGAAUAAUAAUUUGACAUCGCCAAUUAUCAGCAGCAUCGUGCUCGACAUGAACUUGCGUCCGCUGAUUGUUAAGCUACAGGGAGAGAAUCGACCGCUUUCGGCUGAGAACUCUUAUAAGCUCAGUUGCGAUGUCAUCGGCUCACGUCCAGCACCGACUGUUACAUGGUGGAAGGGCAGCACGCCCAUGAAGAAUACGCAAGAGACGGAAAAAUCUGAUGGUAAUAUGACCACAUCGGUGCUGACAUUCACGCCCACCAUCGACGAUCGGGGCAAGUUUCUCUCGUGCCGCGCCGAACAGGGCAUGAUACCAGAGUCUGGCAUGGAGGAUGGCUGGAAAUUGGACAUCUAUCACAUUCCCGUUGUCAGUUUGGAACUUGGCACAAACUCUUUGAAUUCGACAUUACGCGAAGGAGUCGAUGUCUUCUUUGAGUGCAACAUCAAAUCGAAUCCAUGGAUCUACAAAGUCAGCUGGCGCCACAACGGCAAAAUUUUGGAGAGCAACCCCGCCGAAGGCAUCGUGGUGGCCAAUCAGAGCCUUGUCCUCCAGAACGCCAGCAGAGCCAGGACUGGCAUUUACACGUGUGUCGGCAGCAAUCGAGAGGGCGACGGCGAAAGCAAUCCAGUCCAGUUGGACAUACGCUUUGCACCCGUGUGCCGUGCCAAACAGCGAACUACUUACAGUUCGGGCCGGCAGGAGACGGUUAAAGUUGCAUGCGAAAUCGAUGCGAAUCCCCCGGAGGCAACAUACGUCUGGAAAUUCAAUGCAAGCCAAGGCGAGGUCGCCGAUAUACCAGCAUCACUCGUCGCCGUCGACCGUGGACGCAGCGUGGCCCACUACACGCCCAUGAUGGAGAACGACUAUGGUACUCUGUUGUGCUGGGCCAGCAACGAAAUUGGCGAUCAAAGUGAACCCUGCGUAUACACAAUAACCCCAGCAGGCGAACCGGAUCCAUUGCUAAACUGUACGCUGCUCAAUCAGACAUCGUCAGGCUUCCAAAUCGAGUGCAUCGAAGGCUUUGAUGGUGGACUGCAGCAGGACUUUAUCAUGGAAGUUUAUGUGAAUGGCACAACACGCUAUCCAAAAAUUUACAAAUCAAAGAAGCCGUACUUUGAGGUGAGCGGUCUGGUGCCCGGCAUGGGAUACAAUGUCUUCCUCAUUGCGCACAACAGCAAGGGUCGCAGCAAUGCGACUAUAUUGCAGGUCUACACGCUGAAGGAUCCCGAGAAGCAAACGGUUAAAAUAACAUUUACCCAGACUUACCAAGCUCUUAAGCCUGCUUAUGGCAUAACAACAAAAACUAAGACACCAACUGCAACAAUUAUAACAGAGACAACCACAACAUCAGCUAAACAACCAACAAGUGAUUGUGUUUGCGAUGAGGAUGAGUUUAUGAGCGUGGGCAACGGGGCGUAUGAUGAAGACUAUUUGCCAGCCUAUGCGCCCGUCAUCGAGGACAUCCGGCCAUUCCUUGGCAUACUGGCUGGCAUUGUGGGCAGCAUAUUUCUGGUGGCCAUCAUCAUUGCCGUUGUGGUGCGUGUUCGCGGCUCGUCUGGGCGCGAUCGCAAUAAUUACUCGCAUCCGGGCAAUGGCGGCAGCAGCAGCAGCACAGCGAAUGGCAACGGCAACCUCGGCAUUCUUGGCAGCAACAACAAUGGCAGCUUGGGCAUCGGUACGUUGGCCCACAAUGGUGGCCAAUCAGUGCAGGAUAUGCAUCGCAUUGGCCGGGAGACGUGUCAUGUGACGAGCAGCCUCGACAGCAUUGAUAAAAAUCCCGACAUAAUACCACAAGAUGGGCACGAUGUGGACGACGAGUGGACGACAAAGGGACAUGGUCGUGCCUAUGCAACGGCAGCGUUGGCUGAACAAAAUGCGGUGAUUGCGUCCACAACAUACGAUCACAUUAUGCCCACGUAUGCGGUGGUCGAUAAAAAGAAUGGUCCUCCGACAGCGCAUGGUCCGUACAUACAGUAUAAUACGCUUAUACCCGUUAGCAAAAUGGGCGCUUAUGCCAAUCAGCAACAGCAGCAGCAUCAGCAACAGCAGCAGCAGCAACAUCAGCAACAACAUCAGCAGCAGCAGCACCAACAGCAACAGAAGACUGAGCUCAGCUACAGCGAGUUUGCAGCCCCACUGGUGGGCAGCGCCGUCGGCGUCGGUGUCCAGCGCUUAACGCCCUAUUGCAGCGCCACCUUGGGACGUCCAAGGCAAUCGGAACUGAAGCGAGCCGAGCCAAACAUCUACUCCCAGGUAAAUGUUAUGAUGGAUGAUGAUAUUUUGGCUGACUGGCAGGCGGCCACGGCGUCCGGUAGCAGCUAUGUGGCCGGCGCUGUGGUCGAUAAUGUGGGCGGCACCGGUGCAGGUCUCUUCAUGCAGGGCUAUGGGACGCGUAUCGAUUUGGCACAUCAUCCAAUGUACUCAACGAGUCCCAUGUUCGGAACGAACAGCACCAUCACCGGUGUCACUAUGUCCCAUCCAUCACAAUUGGCCACCUUCUCGCCGACGCCGCCGCCUCCCAUAUUUGCGCACAGCGUGGUCACCACUGGCGAUGGGCUGCUGCAGCCAGUGACGUGCAUGGGCCUGGUGGCCACAUCUUCGGCAGCAGCAGCAGCGGCUGGCAAUGGGCCCGUCCAGCAGCAGCAUCAGCAGCAGCAGCAGGCAGCGACAACCGGCGGAAACGGAAGCAUCGUUGGCGUUAACGUUGGCGUGGGAGUUGGAAUGGGCCUUUAUGGCAGCGAUGUGGCCAAGCCACAGCUUUUAAAGACCGUGCCCGAGGAGCUGCAUCAUCAACUGAAUGGCGAAGAAGUGCUCAUUACCCAGGAUCGCAAUCAUGGAACGGGAACGCGAUUUUGACGCUAAAUGAAAAAGUAGAGCCAACGAUAUAAGCCAGAAACAAAUCAAAACCGAAAGAAAACAAAAUAAAACCAAAAAUACUAAUAAUAAAGAUUCAGAGGAAAGAAAAGGGGAUUGGGGAUUGAGAUUGGACAAAACCUAGUGAAAAUUGACUAUAAGUUAUGUGAUGUGCGCGGAAAGAAUUUAAAUCUGAAAUCAAACUGUCGCCAAAGCAUUUAGGGGGAAUUAGAUGAUGAACAGAUGAACAGGUAAAAGGCAAAACAGGGGCGGGGAGGGGUGCAUAAAAUGAAAGCAUUGCGCACUGAAGAAAUGUCUAGCACUUUUUAAAGCAGCAAAAAACGAAAACAAAAACGAUGAGAAAUGCGCAAAAUAAUGUAUAGAAUUUCAAAUAAUAAACUAUGCAAAGUGAAAUGUUUAAGGAAUGCGAACUAAACGCAGAGAGGAAAACGGAAAACACACUGAGAAAACUAUGAAGAAAUUUUCCAUUAAUUUUAAGCUCCCGUGUAAAAAAAAUUGAAUACUUACCAUUUAGAGCUCUAAUUAAUAUUCAAUCCAUUUAAAUGAUAAUUACCUUAGCUGUACGAUGUGAACACUGGAAUGAAUUGUUAAUGUAUUUUUAAAUAACAGCUUUAAGCGUCAGAAUCUAGAAACUUUUAGCUAAUUAAAAUUGAGAAGUGAGUGGAAGGGGAAAGUGUAAUAGAGAGAAAGAGUGGAAAUGAAUAUGAAAUUGAUUAUUGUUGUUAAUUUAUGUUUGUGUUUAUAAGUAAAACGAAAACCCCCAAAGGACAUUAACAUUUAGCUUGAUCUUAAGGCAUAAAUACAAUUUAUUACAAAUAAAUCAAAUUCGUCUAAUCCUAAGGCUCACUUAGCAUAGCGAAACGGAAAUGUAAUUACCAGAUUUGUCAGAGAAAAAAAAACACACACACACAUAAAGAAUUUAAAAGCAAGCUCAAAUAAGUGAACUUAAUAAUAAAUGGUUAACUUAACAGAAAUUAAUUCAAUUUAGCAUCGCAAUGAUUGCAUUUUAUACGUAACACACACAGGCGAAGGAAAUCUUCCAAGUGGGUAAAAACAAA